AUGGACGGAAUGAUGGUCGACGAUCCGUCGGCAAUGGUUCUUUACGAGGAAGAAGUCACCACAGCUAAUGGUUAGCCGAAAAUUGGAAAGGUUAGAAAAAUGAGAUUUUCGUUCAGAAAUGUCCGCUUUUCACGACUGGGACCCGGACAGACCGAUGGGCUACGAGCUAACAGAUACUAAAUGCUAUAAGUAAGUUUUUGCUUCUCUGAAAAACGCAUUUUUCCUUUAAAAAUUCCAGAACCCCCAGCGGUGUGCAAAAAACGGCGACGAUCCAGCGGGACCAGCUGCCCCAACAACAGGGACCAAAAGAAGCGGUGCUCGGGGAGCAGCAGAUCGUGGAGAUGGACGGCGAGUUUCCGAUCGACGAGCUCCAGUCCGUUCCGUCGACCUCCUCGGAACCGCCGCCGCCACCCGUUCCGGACCCGUCCGUCCACGCGCCCCACCAGCCGGUCCCGCUCAGACGGAUGGCCAUCAAAAUAGGCGAACGGAUCCUUCGGUUCAAAGUGAUCAACGCGUCGGACGCGCCGGAAGCGCCGCCCGAAACCGGGGCACCGCCCAUGGAUCCCAAUUGGAACGCCGAUCCGAAGCCGCUGACGGCCCCGAAAGCCCUGGCCGGCCUGUAUCACUGUACGAACUGCAAAACGUACUUUGGCAACAAGGAGGUCUAUCAGAGACACGUCGCCGUACGUUUUUUCCAUAGAAAUAGUGCUGAUAACCAAUGAAUUAGUGUUGAUUUCAAAAUUUGUCAGGAAGUGCACGGCGACGCGCGGCCGUUCCGAUGCUUCAAUUGCGGAAUGCGAUUCGCGAGCAAGACGUCGAUGACGCAUCACCUGAAGGACCACUCGCUGCUGAAGCCGAUGUACUCGUGCGACUACUGUCCUCGCAUUUUCUCAAAUGCCGACGCGCGCAAUCGACACCACAAAAUGCACUUUACGCGGAUAACGUGCCGACAUUGCAUGCGCUUCUUCACCACUCUCGAGGCACUCCAAAGUCAUCAGGUUUGCGCCAAAAUAGUUGAAUCGAUUUCGCCUCUAAUAUCUCAAAAAGAGAAAUCUUUGAAAAAUUGCAAUAAAAGCAUUUUCAGACGUUGGCGCACUCGCACGUAAGCGGCGGACUCGACGAAGGCGGUCAGGCGCCGUCGUCGGAUCUUUUGCCGAACGGAAAGACGGCGCGCUUCAACUGUGCGUACUGCAACCUCCGAUUCCACUUCAAGAAGGACAUGCUGGUUCACGAGCGGGUGCACACGGGCGAGAAGCCCUACACGUGCGGCUACUGCGGCAAGGCGUUCGCGCAGAGUCAGGCACUCACCUCCCACAUUCGCACGCACACCAAGAGAUGCCGUACGCGUGCGAAAAGUGUCCAAAACGGUUCCGAGACAAGUGAGUACUGAUUUGGAUGGGAAAAAGCUGGGGCUGGGCAAUCAUCUGAUCGGGUUCAAACUUUACAGGCUUCUCGGACUUGGAUUUCAAACCGAUCGGAUCCUCUGAUCCCGUGUUUUUGCGAACAUUGCGUCUUGGACAGAUUGUCCGAUCGGGCUUCAAUCCAAGUCCAAGAAGUCUGCAAAGUUUGGGCUCGAUCGGAUCCUUGCAAGUGGGUCAAAGCCCAAAUUUGCCCUGCCCCGGCUGAAAUGCAUACGAAAACACCUUAACAAGUUCUAUAAUUUGCUGCAGCUCAUGCUUGCGGAAACACGAGCUCUCGGCGCACACCGCGGAGCCGAUCGUCCGAGCACUGGCUCCGGGCCACCACGAGCACGAGCAAGUGCACCGGGAACAGCGGCGGAAGCAACAAUUGCAGACGGCCGACCGGAAUCCCGAAUUUCAUCAAUUACAAUAA